AUGGAUCUAUUCGUCACUCCGCCUGCAGCUUCGGCAUCGCCAUCGACGUCGGAGUCGACCUCGAAAUCAGCUGUAACAAUACCUUCCGGCGCUGCCGACCAUCCCCGCCACCAGCCUUCGAGCAAGACUCGCUUGUCCUGCGACAGGUGCCAUGCGCAAAAGCUCCGAUGUGUCAAAGACGAAGGCGUAGCUGCAUGUCGGCGAUGUCUCAGGUUAAAGACGAUAUGCCGGCAUAGUCCACGCGCCGCGAGAUCGUCUACGAAGCCUCGAGGACAGCGCGCCCAUUUGCCUCGAGCAGAUGACGAUGUCACACCUUCGGCGAGUGAGCCUAUGGAAAAUAUAGCUCCGGUACCGACGACUUCGAGUUUGGGUGACAAUGACUGGUGGGCUCCAACGGAUACGCCGACAAGUCUUGUUGAAGGGCAAGCAGGAUUGUGCUCAACUUCUAGCUUGACUGUACAAGGUGGUUCUGGUGUUCAGGAGAUCUUCAACACUGGUAUCUUUGACAGUCUAGGAAACACAAUCGCCCCAGGUAAUCACGCCUCCAUCAACUGGGACCUCAUAUUUCCAAAUGAGCAUAUGAAGCAAACCUUUCCUUUAAUCAGCACGCCCAAUCCCUCUUUUGAGAACAUAGGUCAAAGUAUCAAUGCAAAUUUAGGAAGCCCCCUAGUCUCUACCUUCCAGAGAUUAGCGAGCCUCAGCGUCCAGAUUUACGAAUGUGGUGCAAAUUUGCCAUCCCCGCAUAGGAGCAGCACAAGACAUAAUAUUAGUAUUAACGCCACGCCAAAGUCGGCUCACUUUAUCUUCGAUGAGCUGUUCCGAGUCACCACGGAGUUCAUCGACAUUUUGAGAUGCCUUCCUAUUUCAAGAAGCAGGGAAGAUACCAUCCUAUUUACAGACUCAUCAGAUCACCCAGGCUUUCCAUUUCCCCAAUCGUUUGCUCCAUGCACUCAGGACAUGUCAUCCUCAGACCAGUCAGUUGUUGGAGAUCACAUGGCAAAACAAUCUUGGCCAUCGCCACGUGUCGACGAUGCAACGGUCUUCAUGAUCAUGUCCUGCCACAGUAGCCUGACAGGAACAUAUGCAUCCAUCCUGCAAAUGAUGCAAAUGUGUUUGGAGCACUCGCUCAUUCCUCAAAUGGGUAGCAGCUGGCUGGUCAUUCUCCCACGGCUGCAAGUUGGCCCGGUUGAGCUCCCAUCUCUGCAGGUAGGCGAUCAAACGCCGGUCUCCUCCAAAGCUACGUCGUCAAUGUAUAUGAUGACGGUCACGAUGCUCUUCUCGCGGUUGUGGACGCAGCUUGGAAGUGUCUUGAGGGAAAGGGCUGGCGCAAAGUCUCAUCCUGGAACAGCACAAAGCUCUUCGUUGGUAGACACAAUGUGGGAUGCAGCCUUGGACAGGACAGACCAGUUGAUACAGACCAUCGACUCUAUAAAGAGUCGACUGCCGUGA